CUAUCGCAAAACACCGGGCCGUGAUAUUCGGGUUAUUGGAGGUGUCACCAAAAUAAAAGCGAGGUCUCAUUCAAAAGUCAAGACCACAGUUGGGUCUCAUAUCAUACCAUGUCUUUACGACCGUCAAUAAGCUUGACAAGACGCUGUCUCUUUAGCUUAUCAUCAACGUCCAGGCGAGCUUUUACUCAACAGACACGGCAAACUCGACCUCCGCCUCCUCCGCCCUUUCAGACUGUCGCAACAUGUCCAGAGCCGACAUGCGGAUGCGCGGCUACUCCUGCUAUGCCAGAAGAUCUUCCUCUGGACCGUGAGGGGCCUCUCAAGGGCGCAAUCGCUGGGUAUGCAGAGCAUGUACUAGUGUGUACAGGAAAUGCAGAUUGGCCAUCGAGAAUAGAGGAUGAUAAUGGCGGCGAUUGCCUCGCUGCGGAUCUGAAAGAAUUGUUUGGACGUGGAGGGACGUAUAGCGAUCCUUUUCAUAAUAUUUCUGUUCUCAACUCGUCGUUUCCGAGUUCUGUGUCACCACGUCCUGAAGUUCAGACCACAUCCGUCUAUUUAGUCCCAAGCUUCAAAUACGUCCCGUUUCUACCGCGGGUGUCAUUUGAUAGUGUAGAAGCACUGGCUAAGGGGUUUCUGCUCCCUAAGAAGCUUCACCCUGCACAUGAAGGUCUCUCACCUAUACACAGGGAUCGCUUGACGCGCAAAGAAGGGUACCAGGGACUACUGCCAGGCGUUCAAGAUGUCCGCGAGGUUUUGGUCUUGAUAUGUGGACAUACAGGACGUGAUGCGAGGUGCGGUAUCAUGGCACCUGUUCUGCAAACCGAGUUUGAGGACAAGUUGGAGAUGGAGGGUUUCGACGUUAUGCAUGGACCCGUGCAAGUCAAUCUCGGCGACAAACAAGGAAUCCAGGGAGAAAUCGGUGAAGGCAAGACUACAGCUAGGGUUGGUUUGAUCAGUCAUAUCGGAGGUCACAAGUUUGCUGGCAACGUCAUCAUUUAUCUGCCUCCAGACCUGAAGAUGGGCGAUGCGCCCCAUCCUUUGGCUGGAUGCGGAAUUUGGUACGGAAGAGUUGAUCCAAAGAAUGUGGAGGGUAUUGUAAAAGAGACUAUUCUGAAGGGAAAUGUGGUUGCGGAUAUGUUUAGAGGAGGUAUUGAUGCUGAGCAUAAGAUGUUGAGGAUGUAAGAUAUAUAUAUAUAUAUAUGUAUGUAUUGACAGACGGUUAGAUACCCCAGAUUCAAGACAAACAAAAACUCUCCAAUAGAAAUAUACAACUUAUAAGCCAUUG